AUGGCUAAGUUUUUCUUCUGGACGAAGGCAAAAGUUGAGAAAUUUUUCGUUGCUCCGAAAGUAAAGCAGAAAAGUGUACUUCCCUCACUUCGUAUGAUUUUCUUCAUUUUUGGGAUCUUUUAUGCUUGGCCAGAGGAAAAUAUGGAUAAAGCUAAUCUCAGGUGGUAUCGUUUCAAAGGGGUUCUGUUUCGAAUGUUCUUCAUCUAUCUUAGCACUGCAACGCAGGUCGCUUACAUUUUUACCGUGACCACUCGUGAGGAAUUGUUUGAAGGUUUGUUUAUACUCUUGACGCAGUUGGUUCUGAUACUGAAGAUGGAAUUCUUCUACAAGAAUGUGUUCUAUAUUCAGAAGCUUGUUCGUAGGCUUGACGGAGAGCUUUAUCAACCCCGAAGCGCUGAAGAAGAUUUUCCUUUAGAAUGGGCACGGAAAAAGACAACCAUAUUCUGGAUACUGUACCUUAUCUUCUCCGAUGGGUUAGUUACAAAAUGGUUAAUAAUAUCGUGCAUCUACACCACCGUGCUAGUACCAGCAUGGCCUGUUGUAGAUCAUACCACACCGUACGCGGUGUUUUUAUUGGUGCUCGUCUACCAAUAUGUUGGCAUUUUUUUAAAUGCUUCUUUUAACAUAUCGUGGGAUUCGCUGGUUGCUGCACUGCUGGCCCUAACGACCGCACAUCUCAAUCGUUUGCAGAUACAAUUGAUGAAGGUAGGACAUAAAGAUGUUAAGGACCAAAAAGAGGAUCAAAGAAUUACAAUGGUUGCAACAAUUUAUGAUAAUAAUGAUUCAAGGAAUGAAGUUUACAAAGAACUUCUGCGUUGUAUUGUCUUUCAUCAGGAAGUUACUGGGUUUCUUCGAGACGUACUGAAGCUAUUCAGUGGACCUAUGUUAGCUCAACUUUACUGCUCCGUAUUCAUUCUAUGCAUUACCGAGUUCCGUUUGAUUACGGAUGUGAACACAACAACAGAAACGAUUAGAGCGCUCACGUACUUGAUAUGCUUGAUCAUACAGGUUGUUCAAUACUGUUACUUUGGAAAUGAGAUCAACUACAUGUCUCAAACGAUACAUCAAGCAACCGCGUUUAUGAAUUACCCAGCCAUGAACAUUAAGACCAGGAAGCUUCUGAUAGCUUUUCAACAGCUAACCGCAAAAGGAAUACAUUGCUGUGCUAAGAAGAUUUUCACGAUUGAACUCAGCAUGGCGACCUUCGUAACGAUUAUCAAAACAUCGUACUCAUACUUGGCCGUUUUGCGAUCGAUGACGGAUUAG